UGGAGCCCGAUGGCAAAUACAUCCUCAUCAGACCAGGUAAGACCCACUACACUUCUCAAGUUGAUGGGAAUUUCAUGGAUGCAUCUUAAAUCCAUGAAAUUCCAUUUCAGCUUCACAACGGACAGAGCUUGAAUGCAACCGCUUCAUUUUCCAGCAUCACCUCUUUUGGACCUUUUGGAGCGACCCAAAGAUGCACUUCAGAAGUCUGACGCUCCUGGCGCUUCUUAACAUUGUGAGCUUGAGCGUGGCUCCUCCGCCAGCUGAGGUGAAGAGGAUGAAGAUGAAAGUUCGGUGGAUGGCAGAGCAACUGGUUGUAAGGCUGGACAGUAGAGUGGGACCGACUCGCCUGGCGAUAACAGUCGACGACUUUGACGGACUGUCUUCCUUCGCGACGAUCUUGGAAGGCUACAACAAUCUCAUCUUUGAUUCCUUCCACGCUUACGCUCAAGUCAAAGCCGAGAUCUCGUCGCUGACCGGCUACAUCAUCCAGUGGAGACGGGUCCACUGCAGCACCCAGCAGACCAGAACGCCGAUGCCCAGCUCCCUCCAGGCGCUGCAGAGCCAGAGGCGCCACGUUCACACCAUCACCUUGGAGGCACUGAGGAGGAUGAAGGAGCUGCUGGAUCAACUGUUGAGAAACCUGGAACAUCUAGACACCUGCUGAGGACCGCAACUUUCUACAAGGCACUUGUUCCGGCACAUUUGUAUUUAUUUCACAAACCUAUAUUUUAUAACCAAAAUGGCUUAUUUUGAUACAGACACCAAUUUUUCUAAACAAAAAUAAAAGCAAGAGAAGAAAGAAAGUUGCCUUUUAAUGUAGCUUCACAUGUAAAAAAAGAGCUUUUCGUCUCUAUCAAUAUUCAUGUAUUUAUUCAAUUUACAGAAAAGAAAAAAAACACUUGUGCUGUAUAUAGUUCAGAAUGACAUUUCCACCAACAAAGUGACUCAUCUGUGUUCAUUGUUACGUCAGGAAGGCCAAAGAUUUGUUCACACGGUGCACAGGAAGUACAAAGUCCAACUCUCCUUCAAAGAAUCCUUUAAAUUCAUCAUUUAUUUUCAAAGAAAUGUUGUAUUUUGUGCGUAAUGGAAACUUUUAUAAACACAUGCUGAGACAUGUUUAUUUUUUUUUUAAACCAGGCUGUAAAGAAAUAAAUAAA